GGCAGGUUAAGCAUACACAAGAUUAUGCAUAAAACAGUAGGUGGCAGGUUAAGCAUACACAAGAUUUUGCAUGAAACAGUAGGUGGCAGGUUAAGCAUACAAAAGAUUUUGCAUAAAACAGUAGGUGGCAGGUUAAGCAUACACAAGAUUUUGCAUGAAACAGUAGGUGGUAGGUUAAGCAUACACAAGAUUUUGCAUGAAACAGUAGGUGGCAGGUUAAGCAUACACAAGAUUUUGCAUGAAACAGUAGGUGGUAGGUUAAGCAUACACAAGAUUUUGCAUGAAACAGUAGGUGGCAGGUUAAGCAUACAAAAGAUUUUGCAUGAAACAGUAGGUGGCAGGUUAAGCAUACAAAAGAUUUUGCAUGAAACAGUAGGUGGCAGGUUAAGCAUACACAAGAUUUUGCAUAAAACAGUAGGUGGCAGGUUAAGCAUACAAAAGAUUUUGCAUGAAACAGUAGGUGGCAGGUUAAGCAUACACAAGAUUUUGCAUGAAACAGUAGGUGGUAGGUUAAGCAUACACAAGAUUUUGCAUGAAACAGUAGGUGGCAGUUUAAGCAUACACACGAUUUUGCAUAAAACAGUAGGUGGCAGGUUAAGCAUACAAAAGAUUUUGCAUGAAACAGUAGGUGGCAGGUUAAGCAUACACAAGAUUUUGCAUGAAACAGUAGGUGGCAGGUUAAGCAUACACAAGAUUUUGCAUGAAACAGUAGGUGGCAGGUUAAGCAUACAAAAGAUUUUGCAUGAAACAGUAGGUGGCAGGUUAAGCAUACACAAGAUUUUGCAUAAAUCAGUAGGUGGCAGGUUAAGGUUUGUUGUUUUAUAGCCACUAUAACCUGUAUAUAUGUUACAUUGAUUUUAAUAAAAAAAGAUGCUUAUGUAAUAAAUAUGGCAAUGGAGUUAAAUUAACAGAACAUAUUAAGAAAACGCAAUAUUUGAAUUUGAACAUGUGGCCCUUUCAAUAUACAUGUAUGUUCAAUAUUUUCUCAAUGUAUGAUAAAAUGGAUUCUCAUGUAUUUUGAUUAUUCCUCUAGAUAAAUGUAUUAUGUUACAGUAAUGAUUUGAUAAAGGUCCAUGUGCAGUAUGGCAAGUGAUUUUAGACAGUCAUAUCUUUCCCCAUGGAUACUUUCUGGCCAUCAAUACAGUGGUUUUAAUUAAAACAAUAUGUUUUCUUUCAAGUGAAGUCCCCAUGAUAGUAAAAUAUCAUUCUCUGAAAAAUUAUGGAUUAGGACCCCACCUUUGCACUUUUUUAAAAAUGUUAGGCUCAUUUCAGAAAAAGAGGAUCUUGUUUUUCUCAAUUUAAACAUAUCAAAAGUUUCUUCUACACUUUAUUAACGAUUUCUGAAAAGGGGAUGCGUAUUGAAAUGCGUUAAAGUUAAAAACACAUAUCCCAUGUUAUUUUCCCAUAGGGAAAACUCGUGCUAUCCAUUGUUUUCAGCAUAAUUUUGGUCAUCGAAAAUUGAGAUCUUCAAAACUAGACUUUCAAUACCAUUCUACUUUUGAAGAAGUUUUAGACCCCUUGUUGAAUAAUCUUUUCAUGCAAUAAAACCAGAAAAAGAAGAUCCUCUUUUGAGUAAAUUUGAAAAAAAUGUUGACAUGGGGUCCCUAUUCAUAAAUUUUUGAAUUGUUUGAUUGAUAUUUUUAUCAUCCUGGAUCUUUUCUUGAAAGAAAACAUAUUGUUGUAAUAAACCCUACUGUAUUUAUGCCCAGAAAGUAUUCAUGGUUCAGACUGUCUUAAAUCACUUCCCAUACUGCACAUGGACCUUUAUGCCAUAUUAUUUAUUACUGCAUUGUAUAUUUGGAAUUUUCAAACUAAACAUUUCCAAUUUCUAAAACAGUAUGAAGUCUCACAUUAGAGUGUAUCUAAAUGCUCUGGUAUCUAUGUUAUGAUUCAAAGACAUCCUCCUAAGCAGGUGUCAAGAAUCCAUACAUCUUCUCCCCACUGCUAUAACCAAUAUGGAAGUGCCCAAUUAAACUGAAUCAUGUCACCCAAUCAUGUACCGAUGACAUAUUCAUGUGUUAUCAAUAAUAUCAUUUUUAACAAUUACUCGGAAGGUCAACAAAUUUGGAGUGGUGCACAGACACUCACUAAAAAAACUGUAAAAGAUAAUUUGAUUGGCUGUCUCAGUAAUGCGACAGUGAAUCAGACUGCGAGUUCUUAAUUGAGGAAAUGCUAACUGCUUACUGCAGGGGGAAAGAGUAAGAAGACAAGCUGGAUCUUCAAGCCCUGUGAUCGGAGGAUGUUCUAAUAGAAGGACUGAAAAAUUGCAACACCUCUUUAAGGUGGACAUGGUGGGAUCACUCUUCCAAGUGUAUUAGCUAGAUUAUCCUUUCAAACAUUUUGGAUUGAAAUUAAGGGC